AUGACACUCUACUCCAUCACCAUUCAUCCCCUGCGGCUGAGUGCCUACUUCUGUCGCCAGGGAUCUGUCUAUGUUAUCCUUAUAUCACGCAAAGGGGUGGAGAUCGCGUCUAACCCCGGUGUUUGCGUCGUGCCCGGCGAAGUAGAGUUCAGCACCCAUGCCGAACUGGACCGCACGCACAGUUUUCAGCUGGCGUUCGACACGCCGAAGGAUCGUCGCAUGGUCGACUUCGCCGUGUACGACGUCACAAACCGCAAGAACAGCGCGAAGCUCACAGGGUUUGAGAUACCGCUGGCCGGCAUGUGCAGCGUCCUGGCGGGGGAGUCGAUGUGUGACAAGAAGGCCGUCUCAUUCCGUGUUGCAGGCAAACCAGGGCGGCUCGAAGUCAUCUUCCGCAUGCAUCCGGUGUCGAGCCCGCCGCCGCCGCUGCGGAUGAGCGUAACAGGGGGAGCAUCGUCAGCAGCAGCAGCGGCGGCGACCCGGGUAGCAAAGGAGGGUGGUGAAGGGCAGCGGCAUCCAGGAAGGCUGCCGUUCCGCACAGUGGAGUCACUCGCGCGGGCCGGUGUGCUACCGAGUGAAACAGAGAUGGUCGAGAUGGACGCCGAUCUCGCGCAGGAGAUUGCCGCCCGCACCGCACUGCUCUUCCCCAGCGAACAAGAGCUUCAGGAGCGUGUGCAGGUGCUCGAACGGGAGAUUGCGCAGCUCGAAUACGACGCGCAGUACGCAGCGAAGGACAAAGUCGCUACCGGCUCGGCCGCCUCCGUUGCGCUGCGCAACGAGGCGAAGCACUGGCAAGAUAUCGCGCGGGAGAUCAACGCCAAAUCGGCGCAUGAGGCCGGUAUCGCGCCUAUCCUGCCCAGCACCCGCCAGCCUCCCUCGACGCAGAGCAAGGCCCUCAUUGCCGAAGUCGAGGACCAGCUGGCCGCCGCGAACGACAAGAUGCGCAAGCUGGAGGCGCUGCAGAGCCACCGUGACGUGUCGAAGGAAGUAAUUCCGCUGCUGGACGAAGUUGAACACCUCGAGGCGGUGCUCGUGGAUCUCAAGAAGAAUGAGGAGAAGACGGAAACCAAGGAAAAGUUGGCUGGUGACAACACGACAUACGUGGACCAGUGGGAGAAAAUCGCUGGAGAGCUGUAUGACAAGGAGUCUUUGGUGGAGCAGCUCCAGCGCACGGUUCUCGCGCUGAACCGCCUACAGUUUGAGCCCUACCCCGCCGGCGUCGAGGCAGGAUUCAUGGAGGAGGCGCCAAAGGAACUGCCAUUCGUUCGCGACAACAAGAGGCGGUUAUCGAAUGUCCCUUCGACGAGUCCACCUUCUUCGGUGAAUGCAAUCUCAGCACGACGUGUUGUUGGCGGAGGCGCGUGUGGCGGCGGCGGUUCGGCAGACCUGCUAGACGACCUUUUCGGUGCGUCCCCCACGCCGGCACAAGCAGCUUCACCACCGACAGCACCACCACCACCAGCUGCAGCUGCAGCAGUGCCCAACCCGGCUGCACUACCAGUCGCAAGUUCCCCAAUCCCCUCCGCACUGGAAGAAACAGCACUCUACCAGCCGCCCCCAGCUGCGACAGCCAAGCCCGUGUGGUCGCAGCAGCCACAGCAACAGCAACCAACGGCGCCUCCAUUGUCUUCUCAGCCAGUGGCUACAACGAAUGUGAACGAUGACAACAAGAAUAAUAACGCUUUACUGCAACAGACAGGAAGUUCAAAGGCCCCAGACACAGCUUCUGUUACGCCAGCAUCGCAGAAACCAUCCCAACCCUCUGGUCCGCAGAACCUUGAAAGAAGUGUGCCGCCCGAUCCCCCAGUGACCCCAGCGUCAACGCUUUCUUCUUUGCAGCGGCCGUUUCCUCAGGCUUCGUCGUCGCCGCCGCAGCAACAGCUGACAGAUUCUCAGUCUACACAACCAGGCAUGCAACCCAUGCAGGUAGGCCCGGUAUGCCCUUCACAACAGGAGGUUGGCGGUUUGCCACAGCAGCCAAAUGCGCAACCGAUUUCACAGGUCUCCCCGACUUCGUCGCAGGUGCCGCAAACUGAAGUUAAGCCGUUACAGCCGUACACAGGGAGCACUCAACAGCAAAUCCCCCAACCGAGCGCCCCGCAGCUACAGUCUUCUCAGCAUGCCGGUCCAGCAUCGCCGCAGCUUCAUGUUCUGGGACCCCAGAUGUCUGAUCAACAUACUGCGAAUCAGCCAAUGCACCCUCAGAACACUCAGGCACAGCUUCAGCAAAGCGGUCCACAACAACAACAACAGCAGCAGCAGCAGCAGCAGCAAGCAGCUCCACAAGAGCCACCCACCCCCCCUUUUGUGCGUCGUCCACUCUCAUUAGAGGAGACCCCCUUUACAGCAUUCUUUAAUGUACCUCUGAUGGGCCGAGGUUGCCCGUUAGAUAUGUAUCUUGAUGGCAAGACUCCUACACGUGGCACGGAGUUGACCAUAUUGAACAACUCCGAUUACGAAAUCAUUAUUGGUGGCGUGGAGCUCAAGCAGGAGGAUAUGCUUUCCUCCUCUCCUGAUAGUGCACGAACAGUUCCGACGCGGCGAUGGCCGCAACAGAUGCGUGUGCCCGGUGGCGGUAGUCGCGCCACGUGCAUCAUUGCGCUGCACCCAAGCUAUCCCCGGGCCUCGUCUCUUUUCAUGCUUGUGGUGGUGUAUAUCUUCUGCAAUGGCCGGUACACUCCCUAUGCAGCUCGGUUUGCCGUUUAA